GCUAUAUCCUAGCCGUUAUAGCCAUCCUUAACGGCACCAUUUCACAUGCUUAUAAAUUCAAAUUAUCCAACGUUUUCAAAGAUCAAAGCAGACAAUAUUCAACAUCAUAAUGGCUUCUUCCAAGCUUAGAAGUGCAUGCUCCUUCACAAGUCUCCUCCUUUGCUGUUUGAAUUUCACUCUGUUUAUCCUUUCUGCUUCCUCAUUUGCGCCCACUGUCCUUCUCAAAAUGCCCCCAACUUCCUUUGGCAUGGCACUGCUUCUGGUUUCUGGCAUCUCACUUCUCUCAUCUUUUGUGGGCUUCUACUCACAGCUCACAUACUUUUGUUUUCUCACCCACAUUUCACUUGUACUCGCCUCAUUGAUAGGACAAGUGCUGAGCAUAUUAACCUUGUUUACAAAAGAGAAAGCAAGCCUCUCCCUUUUGAAGUCACCACGUGACCCAAAGGAAGCCAAACUUUUGUUAAGGCUAGAAUGUGGGGCUUUGAUGGCAAUGUGUAUGUUGCAGUUGUUGGUGUUGAUAUUGAGUUGUUCAGUUCAUAGCUGUUGGGUGAAAGAUUAUGAAGAACUGGAAGCAGAGAAAGAGGCCACUACAAGGAAGAGGAGUAUAAGGAUUGCCAAAGUGCAAGAGGAAUCCAAGGAAAAUGCAACCAAGAUUGCAGAUAUCAAAGCUAAGGAAUUGGAUGAGAAAAUGAAAAGCAAGUAUGGGCAGUGGGUGAAGACUGAUUUUGAACCAUGAGGCCACUCAACACCUUGCUCUAUCUUCCUUCUACCUUGUACUAGUGUGUAGAUAUUUGCAUAAUUCAUUUUUAAUUCCUUCGUCAGUCGCCUAUUGUUUGUUCUGGUCACUAUGGGUGUGGCCAUUGUAUUCCAAUGUGUGAGCAUUCAAGGUAGA